AUGCCACCUCGGAGCAGCUACGGGGAGAGCAUGCCGACUUCCCCGACCUCAACUAUUGGAGGGCCACGCCACAACUAUGCUGCCUCUGUGUCUUCGCAACAACAGUAUCCGCCACAGCAGCCCCGACAGGCAUACCCCGAUCCGAGAUCAGCAUACCCAACUUUCCUACCGUUGGCAGACUCAUUGAUGCUCCAAGCCACUUGGUUCAUGAAUGGACUAAGAGAUGCGUGGAGAUGGGAUAUCGUAGCCAGGUUGCUUGCGACUGAUCCCGAACUUCGAGCCAAUGCGGCGAAAGCGGCACUAUUGAAUGGUCUGAGUGCCCUAUUCGCACUUGCACUGGAUGCACUCGUGCACCCGUUCACGCUUAACUCCGAACGAGGGUUCUUUGCGCGGAACCUGGGGCUGCUGUAUACGUUGAUAUGGCUUGCGCCCCUUGCGGCCGCAAGUCUGUGGUUCAAUAGCACUUGGACUGCAGCACUCGCACGCAGAUCAUAUACCCUCCGUUUCGGCCCCGCGGCCUUCGUACCUCCACCCGCACCAACCCGCAACACCUAUCUGCUUCUACUUCACACCCUCGCAACAUCUGCCUACCGCUUCACGAUGUUGACCACCUGCGCGCUACUCUCAUUCUCUCUCGGUCGCAUACCAAUCCCAAUCUUGGGCACACUCGCCGAAACGGCGUACUUCUCCUGGGUCAACAGCUACUACUUCUUCGAGCACGUCUGGAUCGCACGAGGGUCGAGUCUCAACGAGCGAGUCAGGGGAUUGGAGGAGAGGUGGGCGUAUUACGCCGCGUUCGGAUUGCCCGCUACACUCGCGUGCUCCUGCACAUACAACCCGCUGUUCAACAUGGCGCUCUUCGCGGCUCUCUGUCCGCCAUAUGUGCUUAUGUCCACGCACGCGCGUCCCGCUCCACAAGAACCGUACGCGCCCAAGGGCAACAACGCGUUCCCGAGCCCGCUGGUACCCAUCCGCAUGCCGGUGUUUCAGCCGGCGAUAUGGGUCGAUGAUAUGGUGCUCAGAGCGAUCGAGUGGAUUACGAGGCGGAAGGUGGGGGGAGGGACGGCAUUAGGAAGGGAGCGGGAGGGAAAGAAGAAGGAUGGACUUGGUCCGAGGAGAGGGUGGAGUGGCGCUGAGGGCGCUGAGGCGGGUAAUGCAAGGACUCCAAGGUUGAGGCAGGGGCAAGGGCACAAGAAGGUCGACUGA